AUGGUUUCUCAACCAGUCUUACCAUCAUUUGGUCAUCAUCACGGUCAUUCGACAUCAGAAAAUUUAAUAACUCAAUCAACUUUAUUGAAUACAACUGGUUUAAAUGAUCUCAAUCAUGACUAUUUACCAUUUCUUUUAAACAAUAUUCUCAAUCAAAAUCAUCAUCAACAAAAUGAUGGUAACAAUGUUUCUACACAUGUUCAUCAUCAUCCUUAUCAUCCUAAUCAACAACAAACACCAUUAAUACAGAAUAAUUCUGAUUUAUUAAAUUUACAUGCUCUUCAAAUACCAUUAUAUGAAAUGGUCAUUGCAAAUCGUAAUAAUAACAAUAAUAAUAACAAUAGUAAAAUUAACAAUUCGAUGAUCAAUAUGACAACAUUAAAGAAUUCUGAAAAUAAUCACGAUACAUCAUUUACAAAUUUCACAUUGACAUCAUCUCUAACCAAAGCUAUCAGUUCAAAUGUGAAUUUAAUCGGUCCAGAACUUUUACCCAUUUGUACACCAUUAUUACAAUUAGCUAUACGUCAUGCAUUGGCUGAAUGUUUUCCACCGACUAUACAAUUGCACAUUAAAGGUAGAUUAGAAAUAUCCAUGAAUACAAUCAAUACUAAUCCGAAUGACAAUCAUGUUGAAAGCACAAAUCAUACCAAUCAUAAUAAUAAUAAUAAUAAUAAUAAUAGUAACAAUACUAUUAGUACAACCACUCUAUUUUUCAAUGAUGAAACAUUUGACAUGCCAGAGAAAUUAUCCAAUUAUUCAAAUGAAUAUAAACCAGAAGAUACUAAUGCCCAUAUCAAUAAUCAUGAUAAUAAUCAUAAUCAUAAUAACAACAACAGUAAUGAUCAAAAUUCAAUUUAUCAACAAUCAACAGCAUCACGUCGUAAACCGCUGCAUCCUAGUAAAUGUUAUCCAUCUGAUAUACAUUACAAUAGUCCUUGUCAUAGUGAUCAUCUAUACGAGAACCACAACACCACCACCACAAACAACAACAACAACGCCAAUAGUAAUAAUAAUUAUAAUUUACUACAAAUCAAUCAAUCAAUGAGUCCAUUGUUAUCAACCUCCAGUCCAACAAGUCCAUCGUCUGAUUCCGGUGUGUUAGAUUUAUCCCAUGGUGGUUCUCUAGCGGAUUCAGCUCCGAUUACACCAUUGAAAGAAUUUCAUGCCUCAAAUUCAAUUGGUAUGAAUAAUGAUAAGUAUAAUUAUGCUAACAACAACAACAACAGUAACAACAAUAACAACACUAUCAUCACAGAUGAUCAUUAUCAACCUUUUAAUUUACAUGAUCAAUUAGACCAAUAUGAAUUACAAUGUUUUAAUCGUGAACAAGAUAUCAUAGAAUCGUAUAAAAAACAAUUAGCUGCAUUUAAUCAAAUUCAAGCUGUAUGGAAAAUGUCCACAUCAACAAAUAAUGAGUUGUUUUCAAAUUGUUCCAUGAAAUUCAAUAUGAAUGAUCAACAAAUCAAAUGUAAUGAUCAAUUUGAUGAUAGAAAAAAACAGAAUUCUGAACCGAAUACACCAGCGAAAUUAGGACGUCGUACACGUGUAAAUAUUGGACAAACUGGUCGGUUAACAACAAUUAGACGUCCAAGUACAAAUCGUCGUUUUCCUUGUAAUCAAUGUAAAGAAGAAUUUCCAUCAUUGCAUACACUAGAACAACAUACAUUAUCACAACACGGUACAUAUAGAUGUCAUAUAUGUCAAGCUCAAUUUACACAACGAUCAAAUUUACAACGUCAUGCAUUAAAACAUGUCGGUUUUAAACCAUUUGAAUGUCGUGUUUGCUCUAAAGCCUAUUAUCGUAAAGAUCAUUUGAUGCGACAUAUGGAAAUGGGACAUCCAGGAUUUACACCAAGAGAUAAUAUCACUGUUCAUUUAACAUCAUCCGAAAGUUUAGAUUAUUUAAAUCGAUCCAAUGGUUUAGCUGAUAUUCAAUCAAUUCCAGAAAAUUAUGACCAACAACGAUUGAUGUACACUGAUGAAACUAUGAUAGAAAAAGCUUAUCACAAUGACAAUGAAAAUGUCAAUGAUGUGCAUCAGUCUACUUCACCAUUAGAUAGAUUCCAAAAUACCGAUUCAGUAUAUUCUCCUACAAAAGAUCAAAUGAGCUCAUCUUUGCCGGAAGAAUCAACAAAUGACUCCACACUCCAAAACAGUGAUAAUAUUAAUUAA